AUGGCCGGUCUGAAUGUGUCCCUCUGCUUCUUCUUCGCCACCUUCGCUCUCUGCCAGGCAGCCAGGAGGGUGUCCAAGGCUCUGCUCCCGGCGGGCGCCUAUGCCAGCUUCGCCCGGGAGGCGGCAGGUGCAGCUCAGUUGGGAGCCUGCUGCCUGGAGAUGCGGAUGCUGGUGGAGCUCGGGCCCUGGGCCGGGGGCUUCGGCCCGGACCUGCUGCUGACCCUGCUCUUCCUGCUUUUUCUGGUGCACGGGGCGACCUUCGACGGGGCCUCGGCCAACCCCGCCGUGUCACUGCAGGAGCUCCUUCUGGCCGAGGCUCCUCUGCUGGGCACGCUGCUGAAGCUGGCAGCCCAGGGUCUGGGCAUGCAGGCGGCCUGCGUCCUGACCCGGCUCUACUGGUCCUGGGAGCUCAAUGACCUGCACGUCCUCCAGAACCUCAUGGCUGAGCACUGCAGCUCGGCACUGAGCACGACCGUCCCCCACGGCACGCUGGUGGAAGGCGCCUGCGCCUUCUUCUUCCACCUGACCCUCCUCCGCUUCCGGAACAGUCUUCCCAUCUACAGGGUGCCGGCCGUGGCCCUGCUGGUCACCGUCAUGGCCUACAUAGCCGGGCCAUUCACAUCCGCCUUCUUCAACCCUGCCCUGGCCGCCUCCGUCACCUUCCGCUGCUCUGGGCACACCUUGCUGGAGUACGCCCAGGUGUACUGGCUGGGCCCUCUGACAGGGAUGGUCCUGGCUGUCCUGCUGUAUCACGGUCACCUUCCUCGCCUUUUCCAGAGGAACCUGUUCUACAGUCAGAAGAGCAAGUAUCGAGUCCCCAGAGGGAAGCCAGCCCCAGGGCCUGGAGACACCCAGAUGCCCGCAGAGGGGUGCAGAGGCCGCGAGCCUGGGCGAUGUGGGGUGGGGCAGCAGCCACGGAGCUCCAGCUGA